UCACCGACAAUCAACUUGUUUUUUAAACCAUGCUUUCUUUUGGGGGCUCAUAAUUUCAUGUAAUGUACUCACCAACCUUAUUCUCCAUCCAUUUCUAUUCUUACUACCUCUUUUUCCUCCUAUGGGAAGCUUCAAAUUCUUCAGUUUUUUCAGUUUCGGAACCCGGUUUGAAUUCCUCCCUUCUUCCAACCCUGUUCAUGAAAGCCUUGUCAAUGGCAGUAAUAGUAACACCAAUCGUCGCCACCGUGCUGGGUUCUUUUCGAAUCCGGUUUUCGGGUUUCUCCAGCGUUUUAAGUCGAGAGUGAAGAUCGAUGGGGCUUCAAAGACAGAAGAAGAAGAAGAGAAGGUUUAUUCUUGGUUAUAUGCUUUGGCAAAAACAGAAAGAUAUUUGGCUUUCGAAUAUGUUCGAUCCACCGAAAGAGGCUUGAGCUUUACUGAAGCUGAGAGGAGAUUGAAGGAAAAUGGCUCAAACAUUCCUCUUGAAUACACAUUUCCAAGCUCUUGGCAUCUUCUGUGGAACGCCUUUUUUCAUCCUUUCAACAUCAUUCUUAUUGUGUUGUCAGCACUCUCAUACAUAACCAGUGAUAAUCCAAACGGAUGCAUCAUGCUUGUAUUGGUUUUCAUUAGUGUCUCCCUUCGAUUCUAUCAGGAAUAUAGCAGUUCAAAAGCAGCCAUGCAACUUUCAGAAUAUGUAAGAUGUCCGGUUAAAGUUCAAAGAUGUGCAGGGAGAGUGGUUCAGACCGAACUGAUUGUUCAAGUUGAUCAAAGAGAUGUUGUUCCGGGAGACAUUGUCAUUUUUGAGCCCGGGGACCUUUUCCCUGGUGAUGUGAGACUAUUAACUUCCAAACACCUUGUUGUAAGUCAGUCCUCGUUAACCGGAGAAUCUUGGCCAACUGAAAAAACAGCUGGUGUCAGAGAAGAUAGAAGCACUCCGCUGCUAGAAUUAAAGAAUAUUUGCUUCAUGGGGACAAAUGUGGUAUCAGGUACUGGAACUGGUUUGGUUGUCUCCACUGGAUGCAAGACCUACAUAAGCACCAUAUUUUCAACUACUGGAAAACACAAACCAGAAGAUAGUUUCGAGAAGGGUAUUCAGCAGAUAUCGUAUGUGCUUGUUGGCAUAAUGCUUCUUGUAGUCACAAUCAUGAUACUGGUAGAGUACUUUACCUUCCAUGAUUUUAGUGAGAGUACUCUUUUCGGGAUAUCGGUUGCAUGUGCCCUUACUCCUCAAAUGCUUCCCCUCAUCAUAAACACAAGUCUUGCAAAGGGUGCACUUGCUAUGGCAAGGGAGAGAUGCGUAGUCAAAAGCUUGUCUGCUAUCGAUAUGGGAUCCAUGGAUAUUCUAUGCAUCGAUAAAACCGGGACGCUCACCAUGAACCGUGCAAUCAUGGUUAAUCAUCUGGACAGCUGGGGUACUCAGAGAGAAAAGGUCUUACAUUUUGCCUUCUUGAAUUCUUACUUCAAGAGUGAGCAGAAAUAUCCACUAGACGAUGCAAUUUUGGCAUAUGUGUACACAAAUGGUUACCGAUUCCGACCAUCCAAAUGGAGAAAGAUUGAUGAAAUCCCUUUUAGUUUCAUAAGAAGAAGAGUAUCUGUUAUUUUGGAAACAGAAUCUAAUCGAGAAGGCAGAUAUAGCGAACGCAUUAGCAGAUUCAUGAUAACAAAAGGAGCACUUGAAGAAGUGGUGAAAAUUUGUUCUUAUGUGGAUGAUGUAGAUAGGGGUGAGAUUACAGCUUUCUCUGCAGAACACCAUCAUAGGAUCUUAAAUGUGACGGAAGAACUUAGCAAUGAGGGAUUAAGGGUUAUAGGAGUUGCAAUAAAGAAUCUGCAACAAUCAGAAACAAGUGAGCAAAACAUGGAAAACGAGGAUGCUGUUGAAUCAGAAAUGGUGUUCCUCGGCGUCAUAACCUUCUUUGACCCGCCUAAGGACUCAGCAAAGCAAGCUCUAUGGCAAUUGGCUGAGAAGGGAGUAAAGGCAAAAGUACUAACCGGUGAUUCAUUGUCGCUGGCAAUAAAAAUUUGCCAGGAAGUUGGCAUCAGAACCACACAUGUAACAACAGGACCAGACCUGGAGCAACUGAACCAGGAUGCCUUUCACGAGAGAGUGAAAAAGGCAACAGUUCUGGCUCGUCUCACUCCUUCUCAGAAACUGAGAGUAGUACAGUCAUUGCAGACAGACGGUAAUCAUGUUGUUGGAUUCUUGGGCGAUGGCAUAAAUGACUCACUCGCGUUAGAUGCUGCCAAUGUAGGUAUAUCAGUUGAUGCAGCAGCAUCGGUUGCAAAAGACUUGGCUGAUAUCAUUUUACUAGAGAAGGAUUUAAACGUUCUUGUUGCCGGAGUUGAGCAAGGUCGUCUCACAUUCGGCAACACAAUGAAAUACAUUAAACUUUCAGUCAUUGCUAAUCUAGGGAGCGUUCUUUCACUCUUCAUUGCAACACUUUUACUCAGAUUUGAGCCAUUGACCCCGAAGCAACUCCUUGUGCAGAACUUCUUGUAUAGUGUAGGUCAGAUUGCAAUUCCAUGGGACAAAAUGGAAGAAGAUUAUGUCAGAAUUCCACAAAAAUGGUCUACCAAAGGUUUGCCGAUGUUCAUCCUAUGGAACGGUCCCGUCUGCACACUCUGUGAUGUAGCCACUCUUUUGUUUGUCUGGUUUUAUUACAGUUCUGGUAGCCAGUUGAGUUCAACUUUCUUCCGUUCAGCUUAUUUCAUUGAAGGGCUUCUGAUGCAGACCCUGAUUUACCACUUAAUCAGGACGGAGAAAAUUCCCUUCAUUAUGGAGAUUGCUUCAUGGCCUGUAAUUGCUUCAACACUCGUGAUUUCUGCCAUUGGCAUUGUUGAGCAAGGUCGUCUCACAUUCGGCAACACAAUGAAAUACAUUAAACUUUCAGUCAUUUGCUAAUCUAGGAGCGUUCUUUCACUCUUCAUUGCAACACUUUUACUCAGAUUUGAGCCAUUGACCCCGAAGCAACUCCUUGUGCAGAACUUCUUGUAUAGUGUAGGUC